AUGACCUUUACCGUGCUCACCGACGCCGAGGUCAGCGCUCUCCUCGAGGGCCUCGACCUCAACGAGCUGGACGAGUUUCGCCACGUCCUCGCCUCGGCCCUCCACGAGUUCUCGACCAACACCCAGGCCGAUGACUUGGGCGUCUACCAGCAACCGCACAGGAUAUCCACCCUCCACCCAGGCUCCGAAGCCACGACGCUCUACAUGCCAUCGUGCGGCCCCGAGGGCAUGGGAUGCAAAGUCGUCACCCUCACCUCGUCCGAAGCGACGGAAAACCCAUCCGUCAAAGCCAUCAGCCCGACGGGCGUUGUCAACCUCUUCUCGCCCGACGGAAAGCCGCUCGGCCUCAUACACGCGAGCACCCUGACCGCCUUCAGGACCGCCCUCGCCUCCGCCUGCCUCCUGAACCGGCGAAGCCACGUCAAGACGAUCACGGUCUUCGGCAGCGGCAUGCAAGCCUACUGGCACGUCCGCCUCGCCCUCAUGAUGCGUGGCAGCACCAUCAAGCACGUCAACGUCAUCAACCACCGCUUCUCCGCCAGCGCCGAUGGCCUCCUGAGGAAGUUCGCCGUCAUCCCCCAGGCCGUCAAGGAGCGCGAGGGCUGGUCCCACACCAAGUUCGCCAUCAUGGCACCCACCUUUCACGAGUACAACCGGCUGCUGAAGGAGCAGCUCCGCGGCUCCGACGUCAUCUACUGCUGCACGCCGUCCCGGAAGGACCUUUUCGACGCCUCCAUCCUCACCUCGCACGAGGGCCGGAAGAAGGGGAGGCUCAUUAUCGCCGUCGGGAGCUACACGCCUGAAAUGCGAGAGCUACCCGAGGGGCUUCUCGCCCAAGCCACCAAGCACCACGACAGGACCCACAGGCAUUUUCACAAGCAUGCGGAGGAAGCCGGCGUCAUCAUCGUCGACACGCUCGACGGCGUCCUGAAGGAGGCGGGCGAGAUCAUCUCGGCCAAGAUUGGGCCCAACUCGCUCGUAGAGCUCGGUGAGCUCGUCAUGCUCCACCGGCUAUCCGUCGAGGAGUCGGAGACGAACACGCCCGGCUCGCAGACGCCCAUCUCGCCCGAUGCCGUCUCCCUCGACUUCAGCGACAAGCUCUCCAUGUCCAGCGUCUACGGCGACGGGCCGCAACGACCGGAAAGCCCGUCCGGGUCGCUGUCGUCGGGCCAUUCUCGCAAGCCCAGCAUUCCGCUGCCGUUCCGCACGAGCUCCAACAGCUCGUCCGAUACGGACAAGAAGAAGGAAGACUCCCUCGCCCGCUGGCUGAGAGACGGCACCGUCGUGUACAAGAGCGUCGGCCUGGGCCUCAUGGACUUGGUCGUCGGCAUGCACCUGGUGCAGAUUGCAAACGAAAAAAGGCUGGGCACGCGGAUUGAAGGGUUUUGA